AUGUCAAAAAAAUAUAAAACUACUGGCCGGGGUCAUCGAAUGAUAAAUUUAGUACUUCAAUCUGAGUUUGCUGACGAUAAUACCGACCGUGUCGCCUCUGUCGCCGCCGCCGCAUCGCUGAAAUCUCCUCCACAUUUUGGCGAUUUAUUAAUUACGCCAGAUGAUUUAGGAUUAAUUAAUCUUGAAUCUAUAUCUCCGAUAUCGGAGACGCCAUCACUGUUACUGUCACCAACAACUACUGCGGAUAUUAUGCCAAUCUUGUUCAGUAGUGAUGACGAAGAGGAGCCGUUGGUGAUAUCUACUCGGGCUAUCGUACAUUCCAAUUUAGAAGGUUUGUCUGCUAAUAACGGCUCAGUUGAAUUCAAAGCACUAUCCACUUCAUCUUCGCAAAAUAACACUGCUUUAAAACCUAACACCUUAAGUGUAAUUGACCCUGAAGAAUUAAUUACAUUUAGCGAUUUGGACGAUUCAGUUGAAGAUCCUGAUUUUGAGCUGUCUGAAUCUGUAAAAGAUACUUCUUCUGAUACUGAUUAUACAUUCCGGGAUUUCUUGGGUACUUGUAUAUCUCAAUCUGCCACUGAAUCUCUGCAUCAAAAUAGACAACCUGAAAUACACUUCGUAGCUGCAUAUCCCGGUCCAGUUUUUACUUAUAAUGAACAUGAUAAUUUAUCAUGUUCAUUAUAA